GUGCCCGCCCCCAAGCUGCAUGGGCCGAUCUUUCCUGCGAGGUCUCCUACCUCUGCUAUUGCCACUGCCACCCGUCUGUGUCUGGCACCGCCUGGUCAGCCUGGAGUCUGCUCAGCCCCCGAAAAGAGCCCGCGGCAGCCUCAUGGCACCGCCCCGAAUCGGGACACACAACGGCACCUUCCAUUGCGACGAGGCCCUGGCAUGCUCAUUGCUCCGCCUCCUGCCUGAGUACCGGGAUGCAGAGAUUGUGCGGACCCGCGACCCUGAAAAGCUGGCUGCUUGCGACAUCGUGGUGGACGUGGGUGGCGAGUACGACCCUCAGAGACACCGAUAUGACCAUCACCAGAGGUCUUUCACAGAGACCAUGAGCUCCCUGUCCCCUGGGAAGCCAUGGCAGACCAAGCUGAGCAGUGCGGGACUCAUCUAUCUGCACUUCGGGCACAAGCUGCUGGCCCAGUUGCUGGGCACUAGUGAAGAGGACAGCAUGGUGGGCACCCUCUAUGACAAGAUGUAUGAGAACUUUGUGGAGGAGGUGGAUGCAGUAGACAAUGGGAUCUCCCAGUGGGAGGAGGGAGAGCCUCGAUAUGCAGUGACCACUACACUGAGUGCACGGGUUGCCCGGCUUAAUCCCACCUGGAACCAGCCCAACCAAGACACAGAGGCUGGGUUCAAGCGUGCAAUGGAUCUGGUUCAAGAGGAGUUUCUGCAGAGACUACACUUCUACCAGUACAGCUGGCUGCCAGCCCGGGCCUUGGUAGAAGAGGCCCUGGCCCAGCGAUUCCAGGUGGACCCAAGUGGGGAGAUAAUAGAACUGGCAAAAGGUGGAUGCCCCUGGAAAGAGCACCUCUAUCACCUGGAAUCUGGGCUGUCACCCCCAGUGACCAUCACCUUUGUUAUCUACACUGACCAGGCUGGGCAGUGGCGGGUACAGUGUGUGCCCAAGGAGCUCCAUUCAUUCCAGAGCAGGCUGCCCCUCCCAGAAUCAUGGCGAGGUCUUCGGGAUGAGGCUCUGGACCAGGUCAGUGGAAUACCUGGCUGCAUCUUUGUCCAUGCCAGUGGCUUCAUUGGUGGGCACCACACCCGAGAGGGUGCCUUGAGUAUGGCCCGUGCCACACUGGCCCAGCGCCCAGCAUGUAAACCUCCUACAAGUCCCCUCAUCCAAUAAAACUUCUUCCGGCUCCUACUGACCA